AACAGCUCACGAACAGUGAGAUCCUGACCGGAGCGGAAGUUGACGCCUAACCAGCUGAGCCACCCAGGCGUCCUGCCCCCUUUGGUGCAUUUCUUGCUCAGAACCUGGGUGGAUCCCAAGUGUCGUUGACAGGGUCCUUCCGCAGAGCGCAGGGCCGUCAGCCACGACGCUGGAUGAGAAACGGCUGGGUACAGUGGGGCUGGCAUCCACCCGAUUCGGGCCCCUGUGUGGUUCUCGCCCCAAAGUCGAGUGUGGAGCCCAUUUUACAGACGGGGAAGCUGAGGCAGAGAGGGUGAGCAUCACGGGCUGAAUGCGGGGCCGAGGGUGUGGCUGGGCCCCUGUGGACGCUGCGGGAAGCUGCUGCUCAGCCGCUCCCCUGCCCCAACCUGGAUGUGGGGACAGAGGGGCUGCGGGGAGGACACAGAGGCUGUGGCCUUGCCCCGGGGUCCCCCACAAGUGGACGGCGAUGGCCGUGUGCCCUGGUGUGGUGCGCAGGAGGGCAAGGAAAGCAAGCCUCAGGAUCGUGGCCACGUUCACCAAGAAGCCGGUGUGGGGGCUGGGGCUGACCAAAUAGUGGCCCGAGGAAGGGAGAGCUGUUUCCAGAGACCUGAUCAAUCAAGUCAUUCCUGUACUGUGAUUAUAAUUGUGUCAGGACAUGACAGAGACACGAGAGGGUGGCUCAGAUCUGAACCGGGAGCUGGGCUGUUUGCAAGGGGACAGCUGGGCCUUGUGGGGCCACAGGCUCUAGCCUCGGGGUCCACAGGAGCAGGGCACUCACAGGUGUCCCUCUGCAGACGGGGGAGUAGGCCUGACCUUCGGCCGGGUCUCGGGCUGGGUGCCAUUGGCCGUGGGGAUGGUCGGCACCCGAGGGGCAGGAUCCCUCUCAGGAAAACCCCACGGCCGGUGGGCGGAUGGCCCUGGAUCCUCGGGGAGGCUUUGGGACUGGAGCCCCUGGGGAGGCAUCCCUGGGUGGUGCUCAGUGUCACCUGCUUCAGAUGGAUUUUAAAGCAAAGGGAUCGAUCAGUCUCUAGAUUCCGGAUAUUUGUCAUCCCAGGAAGUCCUGCCCCCUGUGCACCUGUGAGCAUACGGGGGUGUGUGUGUGCGUGCAUGACCACAUGUAGUAACACACGCGUGUUUGUUGUGGCGCCUGGGUCAGGUGUGACGCAGAUGGUGGCAGCUUGUGGCUCUCAGGCCACUACUGCGGCACGUGAGGGAGGGCAGCAUGGCUGUUUUCACCGAGGCCCCAGCCCCACAGGCAGCCCCCCAGAGCGGCCCCAGUUGGGCCUCUGCACCCACUUGGACCCCUGAUGGGAUGUGGUCAGCCGCGGAGGGGGCUCUGGCUCCUGUGGGUCCUGGCAUGAGCCAGCCUCGGGGUCCAGUGCCCUACAGGGGGUCAGCCAGGCCCGCGGCACCUGCCACGUGGGCCACGGGCACAAUCUGCAUCGUCUCUUGACUCCUUCGUCGGCCUCCACCCCACAGGAAGCAUGCGGUCCUAAAACAGCAGGACAGCCCCACACUCGUGGGUCUACUUUUUAAAAAAUCCAAACCAGAAGACACGUGUAAGUUAUUCCUUCAAAGUAGACGCCCCAGGAGGGAGAAGAGAGAGACUGAGAAACAGACAGCGAGAGCAGGGUGGAGAGCGGGAAGAGGGAGGUGAGGGCCUUGAAAGUGACAUUUCAGAUGGGAUAGCAGAGCUGAGGGCUCCUUCCUGCCUUCUGUCUCCUUUAUCCUGAGAGCCCACCCCCUCCUGCCUGAGACCCGGGCUGCUUUCAGAGCCAGAAGCAACCCCGGGAGCCCUCGGCGUCCCUGGAGCAGGUGCAGGACGGAUUCUGGAAGCUUCCAGGCGGUGGAGUGUCUCCACAGAUCCGCUGAGCCCUGCAGCGUCCGCGGCCCAGCCCAGCCCGCUGUACCCGGCUGUUCCCCAAACCUACCGCGGCUGGACGCAAGCAGCUUCUCCCCGAGUGGGGACGGUGCUUGUGAGUGGCUGUGUGGGGAAGCACCGGGGCCACACUGCACACUCUGAAGGGCUGGGGACCUGCUGCCCUUGUCUAGCCCCCCCCAGCCCCGGGGCACUGGGCCACUCGUCCCUCCCCCGGCCAGAGCACCAGGCUGGGAGACGCUGACCCCUAGUCCAGAAAGACAAGGACACUCUUUCCCACCUGCAGCCACUGUAGAAAGCAAAAAGCAAGUGACAUUCAGCACUUGUCUAAGAAGCAGCUAAGGCCAGUUCCUGAACACAUACCCUGAAUAGAAGGAAACCAGCCACGGUUUAGGAACGGAGGUAUAAUCAAAUUCUCAUUUUCUAUUCCAAUAAGCAUCUUUGAAUUAAUGUCUAUUCCACUAAUUAGGAAGGUUUUAUUAGCGUUCUACUCGGUUAACAAAGCACACAACACAGACCACGGAUAAUAUCGCGGUCAUUUCUCCACGGAGGGAACAGCAGAGGGAGAGUGAGCGAGCCAGCUGACAGAGCGGAGGGCACGCUAGCCAGCCCUUUGCAAGUAUGGAGGUAACGGUCUGGGAAAAACACAGCCUCGUCGGUGGGCCCUGUUCGCACCACCCAAACCUUGGGCCCCAGCUGGUGCAGGCGAGCCUGGUUCGGGGCGCAGCACUGGGACCCGCGUGUCCACCUGGGACACGGGAGGCCGAUACCCCUGCCCCGACGCCCGGGCGCUGUGCUCGGGCCUCCGGGGGCUCGGCCGAGGACAGGCGCGGUGGCAGGCGGGCUCGGUGUCAGUGGACAGGGCUGUGCUGGUCUCCGUGACCCUGGGGGCUUCGGAGGAGGAUGGCAAAGUGUCUCGGCGCUGACCCCGUCCCAGCCACCUGGGGUCGGGGCUAAGUGGGUCCGAGUAAGGGCAG